UUGCCUUCUUUACAGAUCUGUCUAGUUUUUCUGCUGGUAGCAGCAGCAGCUGCCAGCGAGAAGAAGUCUACAGAACAAAAAGCUGAAGGUCUCGAAAAGAAGUUGGACAAACGUGGUCUUCUAAACUUGGGUUAUGGCUACGGUAUCAGUGGACUUGAUAUUGGCUACCUCGGCAGUGGACACGGACAUGGUGGUGCUUACAACUACGUAGAAGACGGUGCUCUUGCAAGCUCUGGAUAUGGCAUCAACCUGGGAGGUCACACCGAUGUCACCAGAACCAUCACUUUGGUCAAGGGAGUGCCCGUUGCUGUGCCAGUAGACAGGCCCGUUCCCUACCCAGUAGAGAAGCACGUACCUUACCCAGUCAAGGUACCAGUACCCCAGCCCUACGAGGUUGUGAAACAUGUGCCAGUACACGUUAAGGAAUACGUUAAGGUCCCCGUUCACGUACCUGCACCAUACCCAGUAGAGAAGAAGGUGCCUUAUCCCGUUCACGUUCCAGUUGACAGGCCCUACCCCGUCAAGGUUUUGGUACCUCAACCCUACCCCGUAGAGAAGCACAUUCCAUACCCCGUCAAGGUACCAGUACCCCAGCCCUACCCAGUUGAGAAACACGUACCAUACCCAGUUGAAGUUAAAGUACCAGUUCCUCAGCCCUACCCAGUAGUCAAACAUGUCGGUGUACCCGUUAAAGUGCCAGUUGACAGGCCCUACCCUGUACAUGUACCAGCUCCCUACCCCGUUGAGAAGCCAGUGCCCUACCCCGUACAUGUAGAGAAGCCUGUAGCCUACCCAGUUCAUGUACCAGUAGACAGGCCAUACCCCGUCCAUGUAGAGAAGCCCGUAGCAGUUCCCGUCAAGGUUCCAGUUCCAGAGCCUUACCCAGUAUACAAGCACAUCCCAGUUGAGGUCGAAAGGCCAGUAGCUGUUCCCGUGAAGGUGCCAGUCGACAGACCCUACCCAGUACAUGUCGACAGGCCCGUGCCCGUCCCCGUGGAGAAGCCAUACCCAGUGCCCGUCAAAGUCCCAUACCUCGUCAGCGAGCACGACAACAGUCACUACAGCCUCGGAGGCUCCUACUACGAGCAUUAG